GGCCAAACGUCUGCCAUUCAAAUGUGAAUUGUCCUGUUCAUGUUUGAAAUCCUUUUGGCUCAGCAGCUGUUUGUGGCCUGCAGGCCUAAAAGUUUGCAGCAACACGGGGGGGCGCCACACCAAAAUAUUACAAAGGUGGCUAUAGGUUCAGGGAGUGAUGUGAACAAAGUGUAAUCUGUAAUCAUACCACUUACGUCAUGUUUGUAGAACGACAACGUGGCAUCUGAAUUUAAUGUCAAAGUAUUUGAAUUUUCUUGCAUAGAUCAUUCCGCUAUGAUAUGCAUUUGCGUGCAGAGCUCGUGCGCUGCUCAACAGGCUUCAAACGUCGUUUGUUUGGUUUGAUUUGUUUAUUUUGACUAAAUCUCUUCUUUAAAAAAUAAGUUAGAUAAGAUGCUUAUGUUCACCUGCAGCACCUGCACGGACAAGUACUAUAAAAAACACCCGAUAAAGAAAAGGCUUGACUAGAUCAAUCUUAAAGAUAAAUGCUUUUAAAACAAGUAACAAUUGUAGCAACGAAAUCCACAAACUGACCCAACGUCAGAUUCAGAGCGAGAUCUCUAAUGUUUAAACUUUUAGUUACACCAGUCUGGACAGAGCAGGUUAAGGUGUUUAUUUCUGUUGUGGUUCGUGUUUGUUACUCCAUAGAAACCUCAUUCAGUCCGAAUGAUCAUCACACAACCCGCAGGGGGAUCUGCCCUCCCGCAACAAGCUCUCAAAGAUCAUUUCUGCAUCUCGCUUGAGGCACCUUCAUGGUAAUCGACCCCGCUGCGACCACUACCGUCACGCGGACGCGCACGUACGGUUAAUGGGAGCUACGUGCGCUCGUGCACAGCCGGAGUGACAAAAGCAGCGGGUCCCCGGUGAGGUGGGCGCACAACUUCUGCACCCACAGCGACGAAACGUCCUCGGGAGCCCGCCGCGGUUCGUUCGGGUUCCCUGCAGAGAAAAAGCUUCCAUCAAAAGGAUUUUUGCCCGCAGUGCAACUUGGGAACUUUUGGCUCAGAAAAAGGGGGUUCGGGUGGUUGGAAAGAUGACGGUGACAUAAGUUUUCCUCUCUCGGACCGCCGCGCUUUCCUCCUCCUCUGAUCCCGGAAAAGCGGCUCGACUCGGCGGCCCGCGGAGCCUGACGCGCCGUCAGCCGGGACGCGGCGGCACCGCGACCCGCGGGCGGCUCGCCGGGAUGGCGCGCCUGCUGAACUGCCUGCUGCUGGGAUACCUCACCUGGAACCUGCGGAUCUCGGACGCGCAGGGGGAGUACUGCCACGGCUGGCUGGACGCUAAUGGGAACUAUCACGACGGCUUCCAGUGUCCCGAGGACUUUGACACCGCGGACGCCACCGUGUGCUGCGGAACCUGCUCGCUGCGCUACUGCUGCGCCGCCGCGGACGCGCGCCUGGACCAGGGCGGCUGCACCAACGACCGGGAGGUGGACGACGCGGAGUUCGCAGCGCAGCCCAUCUAUGUGCCCUUCCUAAUGGUGGGGAGCAUCUUCGUCGCCUUCGUCGUGGUCGGCUCCCUGGUGGCCGUCUACUGCUGCACCUGCCUGCGGCCUAAGCAGCCGACCCAGCAGCCCAUUCGCUUCUCUCUGCGCAGCUGCCAGGGCGAGACCAUCCCCAUGAUCCUCACCUCCGCCCCCCCGAGCCUGCGCGCCCCGUCGCGUCAGUCCAGCACGGCCACCACCAGCUCCAGCUCGGCCGGAGGCGGCAGCUCCAUGCGGAGGUUCUCCCUCGGAGGUCCGGGGGGGCAGCAGCAGCAGCAGCAUGGCUGCCUGGUGUCCGCCGCCGCCGUGUCCUCGUCGGCGUCCAGCCCGACGCAAACCCCUCAGACACUGCCUCCGCCCCCCCCUCCCUACACAUCCCCACCGGCGGCCAUGUCGGGGGGCAUGCAUCACCAGCUGCCCUCCACCCACACCCAGCUGCAGCUCCACCAGCCCCCCCAGAGCUUCCUCCUGCCACAGCAGUACUUCUUCCCCCUGCAGCCGGACGCCUUCUCGGCGGCCAAGGGCUUCGCCGACUUCGGACAGAGCUGACACGGCCCCCGGCAGGGAUUACAAGAUCCGUUGGUUUGGUUUUUUUAGCUGGUUGGAUGGGUAAGGGUGGUUGAUGCUGCAACAUGGCGGCUGGUGUCCGGGUAGAAAGGACGUGCCCUCCUGACCGGACA